GACUUUCAUCACCAUUGGGCGGCCCACGUCACAAUGCAGGGUCCAACAUCUUUUACCUCUUUGCAGUUAGUCCUCUCAGUGUCGACCCCGUCGCCUGAACAUAGGUAUCUAAGUUGCAUCUCUUUCCCGAUUAAUUCAACAAGGUCCUAGCCCAGGGUGUUACUACCUUCCUGUAUCUUGACCUUUUUCUUCCACACGGUGGGAUCGUCCAGGGCGGCGAAUGGGAAGAAACGCCCAACACAGCCAUCAUCUCGAACACGGUCCCAAGUCUCUGACCCGAACUGAAGGCUCCUCCCCCACCCAUCCCUACCGUCUUAAUCCACCCUCCGACGGGACCAAGCCGCCGCGAUAAGGGAUUAUCGCAGUUCACACACAAACAACGCAAUGGACCACACCACCACCGCCGCGGCUGACGGCGGCGACGGUGCCGCCCAAGGUUUAAUGGAUAUGACGAACACAGCCUCGCCGAAAUCAGCCUCGCAGCACGAGCAUCAUCUCGUCUACCAUCGCCAGCAACCACUACCACCACCGUUUCCCCACCGACGCACCUCGUCCGGCGCAAAUUUCCUCUCGAAGCUUCCCUUCAUGCGCUCCCACUCAGAUGGGAAGCAGCAGCAACCUCACGAGGCCGACGAAGACGCAUCGCGCUCCCCGCCGACAUCGAUGUCGACCAUUACGCAGCAGCAGCAGCAACAGCAGCAAAAGUCGCGACGGAGAAAGGGCUCUCUUAGAAAGGUGGCCUUGCUGGGGAGGGGCGCGCAAAGGGAGCGCAAAGAAGCGAGGCAGCUCACCAUUGACACAUCACACACCGUCUCCCGCGUUAUGGACGGCGCCUUCGCCCGAUCGCACACGACUCCCGAGCAUGACCCGCUCGGGCUUAACAUCUCGGACCUGACACCGCGGCCUUCGAUGGAGGGGUAUGCCAGCAGAUCGAGUGUCGCGGAAUCCUCUCUACCAACGUCGACGAGUCUGCCGCAACCUACCGAUACAGAAUCAGUCAUCACGAGCCCCACGAUAUCCUACACCUCCACGACAGACGAAGACGACGUAUUGCACAUACCAAACCACAUCCCGUCACCGUUGCGUCCAGACUUAUCUCUGUCGUCGGGGUCUGAUUCAUACUUCGGGAACCGCUCAAGACGGCGGUCUCUGCUGCAAGCCAAGUCGCCGCUCUCGUACAGCGGGCUCUCUACGACCCCGUUACCGCCUAAUGACGCUGAAUGGGACUAUUCGGAAACGGAGUGGUGGGGCUGGGUCGUUCUGAUCGUAACUUGGAUCGUCUUCGUCGUGGGUAUGGGCUCGGUUCUGGGAAUUUGGAGCUGGGCAUGGGACGUUGGGACGACGCCAUACGCCCCCCCGGAGCUUGAGGACGACCCAACGCUGCCCAUCGUGGGGUACUACCCGGCUCUCAUCAUCCUCACCUGUAUCAUGGCCUGGGUGUGGGUUGUCGUGGCAUGGGUGGGCAUGAAGUACUUCCGCCAUGCUAAGAUCAGUGGGGAGUGAGGAAUUGUUAUUUUCAUAGUUCGUUUGGGUGUUCUUUUGAUGCUCUUAUAUACUAUUUUGUUUCUUUAGGAGGGGGGGCGCAAUUCGUUAUGUCUGAAACGGUCACACUUGGCCCAACGACUGACGCGGCUAUGAUCGAGUGUUUGGGCGUUUGGCAUAUGGGAUAAAGGAGCUUCAAAGCAAGCGAGCGUGCUUGGUUUUUAUUUUCUCCU